GUCGCGAAUCAUCCCAACGCUGUCAUUUACGGCCAUGGCAACUAGCUCGCGGCAGGAUUUUUGUUUACUCGCGUGGGGGGCCAACAGCUAUGGGCAGCAUGGACAGGGACAUGAGGAGGACCAGGCAAUCCCUCGGCUCUCGAACAAGGCUGUCCUACAUGGAAGAACCAUCCGGGCUGUGAGCGGUGGCGGUGGCCACUCGGUGGUUGUCACUGAUGAUGGAGAGGCGUUUGUGUGUGGGCAGAAUCACAGAGGCCAGCUUGGACUCGGCCACACUGCCAACUGCUCAACACUUCAGCACUGUUCAGGCCUGAAUCAGAGGGUCACGAAUGCUGCCUGUGGCUGGGAUUUUACUCUUCUCCUGACUGAUUGUGGUAACCUAUUAGCGUGCGGCUCUAAUGUAUUUGGACAGCUGGGUAUUGGUCACAUGACUUCACACUCUCCAGAGUUGGUGCUCAUUGAGGGUCUGAAGGAGCAUGUGUUGAGCAUUGCCGCCGGGCUCCGACACUCACUUGCCAUCACAGCCUCGCCCUCUGUUCUGGUCCCAGAGUCAGGAUAUGUCUACCAGUGGGGGACAGGUCUUUGUAGUCUUGCCAAGAGAGCACUCAGUCCAGACCCUGUUCCGUCACACCUCAAUUCCAAGGUUCCUUCUCUGGUACCAGGUCUGGAUCUGAAGAUGCCUCGUGCUGUCACUGCGGGCUCAGCACAUUGUGUGUGCCUUACAGGAGAUGGUGAUUUAUUUCUUUGGGGAAGCAACAAGCAUAGCCAGCUGACUGCCACCGAGCCCUUCUUACCCAUUCCUGCUCCACUCAAGCGCUCACUUCUGGGUGGAGAGAAAGUUGUAAACGUGUGCAGUGGCUGGACUCACGUUAUUGCCCAAACAGAGAGCGGGAGAGUGUUCACUUGGGGCAGAGGAAAUUAUGGACAACUGGGCCGACCUUUGGCAAAUAGCGCAAAUCCUAAGCAUCAGUCAGCAGACCACAGUAGCCAGACUUCUCUUCCUGCCGAGGCGCAUGCCCUGUGUGGAGCAACGCAAAUCGCAUGUGGAUCCGAACAUAACCUCGCCAUUGUAGGGGAGCGUCUCCUCUCCUGGGGCUGGAACGAACACGGAAUGUGCGGGGACGGCUCACUGGCCGACGUCUUCGAGCCGCGACUAGUCCCUGGCCUCAGACCUCUUGUCAUCGGCUGCGGGGCCGGACACUCUUUGGCAGUGUGCACGGGGAAUACGUGCAAAGACCAGUGAUAAACUCUGCACGUAUCCCACUUACAUUGGAGCCAGCAUGCGACUCAGACUUUCACCUGAACUCCUAUUAAGGAAUUAUUUUAUGAAUGAAGAUUCUUUGCGCCUAUUAUCCCAUAGUGGAUGGAGCGUUAUGCAGCACCUUUCACUGUCUUUUGGUAGCUAAGUGGUGAAAUCACAUGCAUGUCAUAAAUACCUUGUGUGUGUUGA